UUGACGCCUUGCUCCCCGCCGUUGGACGGGGUGAAGUGCGUGGAGGUAAGGGGAACGCAGGCAGUCAAACAAAAAAAAAAGUGGAGUCUGGGUGGAUCCUGCUUCGCCGCGCCGCAAGAAUGGACUACACAGACAUCUAUUUGCGGCAGAGGCGCAAUGAGAACUCCGGGCCGCACGCGUCCGCAGGGCCGGUGGUGGCGGAGGCGGCCGCGGAGCAGGGCGUGGAGCGUGUACUGAAGGGGGCCUUUUCGGUACAGCAGCUGGUGGAUCGCAUAGACGGACUUACCACCCGCGUCGACGCGUUCGACGAGAAAAUGGUGAAUCUGACCAAGUUGGUGAAACUGGCGCAAGGUCUCCAGGAGGACAAGGAGGGCGAACUUCGGCGCCAGCAACACGAACUCCGUUCCCGGUUGAAACGGCAGGAACAAUUUACAACCCGACUGCAGGAUGAACUUGCCGCGUUGCGGGAGCAGGUCCCAUCCGCGAUACGAGAUAGAGUGGCAGAGGCGCAACAAGAAUGCAUGAAUGAAACAGGAAAGUCCCGUAAAGAGCGUGAGGAACAGCUUCGCCAACUAAGACUAGACUUUGAAGACGCUGCCAAGGCCCUUCGGCACGACGUGGAGCAGAACGCGGCGACUGUGCAAAGGGAAAUGUCCGCCUCUGCCGCGUCACAAGAGGCUCUUCGGAACCAACUAUGCGAGCAGCAGUCUCGCUUGGAGCAGGCCGUACGGAAGAUUGAGGCGGCCACGACCACCACGGAGUCGACCCGCCUUGCUCCUCUGGAGACGGCCAUGCUGCAGGUGACCGGGGCGCUGGACUCCCUGCGGCCGCGGGUGGACGCGGUUGCCGGUGCCCUGGAGGCGCUCGGGGAAGAGCGACGACGCGACCACGCCGCCAUAAUGGAGGAGAUGGAGUCCACGCGAGAGUGGGCCGCGAGAAACCUCCAGCGCGCCAAACAACACGUGGAGACGCUCUCGGCUGAGGUCGCGCAGCUGCAGCACGAGCAGGCCGAGGUCGCGGCGCGCCUCCACCGCGUGAGCUGCCAGGCCGACGUGGAGUACAAGAAACUUCGAAUUCUCUUGCAGCAAAAGGCCCGGGAGGCGGACGUCCUCGGCAGCCUGGUGGGGAAGGAGCUCGAGAAGGUGGACGACAUGAACGAGCGGCACCAGGGGCUGCGGGCGGAGGCCGGCGCCCUGAAAGGCAUGGCGUUUUAG